AUGGGUGGUUCUACCAUGCAGCAAGACGAAACCAUGUCUCUCCCUAUACAUGAUCUUCCUCCAACACCACCGGACUCCGACCUGAGUGACAGUGAAAAGGCGGAGGAGACGGAAUACAUUUCCAGUCGCACAACAUCGGACUUUCCCCUCCCUCCCGCCACUUCGCAGCCGACGCAGGUCCUGGAUGUCGACAAGAAGACUCCAGAUAACUGGCUCCCUCGCGACUCCAGGCUGAUACGACUCACUGGUGUCCAUCCUUUUAAUGUCGAAGCACCCUUGACAGAUCUGUUCAACGAGGGGUUUCUCACAAGUCCAGAGCUCUUCUACGUCCGGAAUCAUGGUCAUGUUCCACAAGUUAGGGACGAAGAGAUUCCCGAUUGGGAGUUCACAGUUGAGGGUCUGGUGGAGAACCCAAUCACCAUUACCCUCAAAGAACUCAUGGAGCAAUACGAACAACAGACCUAUCCGAUUACCCUCGUGUGCGCAGGAAACCGGCGAAAAGAACAGAAUGUAGUCAAGAAGACGAAAGGAUUCUCGUGGGGUGCAGCUGGCGUCUCAACGGCUCUCUUCACAGGCGUGGUACUGGGCGACGUCCUACGCAAGGCCAAGCCACUCCGAGGAGCGAAGUAUGUAUGCAUGGAAGGUGCCGACAAGUUACCGAAUGGCUACUAUGGAACAUCAGUCAAGCUCAACUGGGCCAUGGAUGAGAACAAGGGUAUGAUGCUGGCACACAAGAUGAAUGGCGAGAGCCUAAGGCCUGACCACGGCAAGCCUCUCCGAGUGGUAAUCCCUGGACAGAUUGGUGGACGCAGUGUAAAGUGGCUCAAGAAGCUGAUCWUCACUGCUGAGCCGAGUGAUAACUGGUAUCACAUAUACGACAACAGAGUACUGCCCACCAUGAUCACACCGAAGCAGUCUGCAAACGAACCUGAGUGGUGGAAGGACGAACGUUAUGCAAUCUACGACCUCAGCACGAACUCUGCCAUCGCGUGUCCUGCUCAUGAAGAGCAGCUCAAAUUAGCCGAUGCGCCGAAGAGUUAUCGAGUUAAAGGAUAUGCUUACGGUGGUGGCGGGAGACGCGUGACAAGAGUUGAGAUCUCAAUCGACAAGGGCAAGUCAUGGCGGCUGGCAAACAUCGACUAUGCAGAAGACAGGUAUCGAGAUGCGAAGCCUCAGCAGUUGUACGGAGGGACUCUGGACUUCACCUGGAGAGAGAACAGCUUCUGCUGGUGUUUCUGGAACAUCGAUUUGGCUGUGGAAGAGCUUGCCGACUCGAACGAUAUCAUUGUUCGUGCCAUGGAUGAGAGUAUGAACUUACAACCCCGAGACAUGUACUGGAGCGUGUUGGGUAUGAUGAACAAUCCUUGGUACCGCCUUACGAUCACCAAGGAAGGCGACUGCCUCCGGUUUGAGCAUCCCACACAGCCGGCUUUGAUGCCCGGAGGUUGGAUGGAACGAGUCAAGAAGUCGGGAGGCAACCUUUCCAAUGGUUUCUGGGGUGAGAAACUUGACGGCGAAGAAGAUACAGAGGCCGUUGCCGAACAAGCUGCAGAAGUCAAGUUGACCAAGGCCGACGUGCAUAACAAGAUCACCCUCGAGGAGCUGCGGAAACACGACACCAAGCAAGCUCCAUGGUUUGUUAUCAACGGAGAAGUUUUCGACGGAACCGCUUUCCUGGGAAACCAUCCCGGAGGUGCUACCAGCAUCCUUUCGGCAGCUGGUCUUGACUCCACUGACGAGUUCAUGGCGAUCCACAGCGACAAUGCCAAAGGGAUGAUGCCAGACUAUCACAUCGGUACUCUGGACGACGAAGGAAAGGCAGCUCUGGCGGGUGGAGAAGAGCAUUCCGACGCGACCGCUGAGCCAUCACCGACCUUUUUGGCACCUCGCGCCUGGAAGAAGGCAUUCCUACACUCAAAGAAGGACGUGUCCGCGGACACGCGAAUCUUCCGAUUCAAAUUAGAGCAUGAGGAUCAGGCAUUGGGGUUACCAACAGGCCAGCAUGUGAUGAUGCGCCUGCGAGAUCCAGUCACACGAGAGGCCAUCAUCAGGAGCUACACACCCAUCUCAGAGACAAGCCAGAAGGGGUUCAUGGAUGUGUUGGUGAAACUCUACUUCGAGACGCAAGAGCAAAAAGGUGGAAAGAUGUCCACGGCUCUCGAUUCAAUUCCUAUUGGACACUUUGUGGAUUUCAAAGGACCAAUUGGAAAAUUCGAGUAUAUUGGCAAAGGCCUCUGCACAGUGAACUCAGCAGUGAAGAACGUCAAGACGCUCUACAUGAUUUGCGGCGGCAGUGGAAUUACACCAAUCUUCCAGGUCUUGCGUGCCGUAAUGCAAGAUACAGAGGAUCCGACAAAGGUCGUGUGUCUCGAUGGAAACCGUCUAGUAGGCGAUAUUCUAUGCAGAGAAGAGCUGGAUCAAUACGCCAGAGACAACGCCGACAAGUUCAAGCUACUACAUACCUUGACGAAAUCAGAUGAGAGCUGGCAAGGAUUGAAGGGUCGCAUAGCCGGACCACUUCUCGCCGAGCACGCUGGUCGAGCAUCUCAUGCGGAUGGAGAGGCUAUGGUACUGAUCUGUGGGCCUGAGCCUCUAGAAAAGAGCUGUCACAAGGCGUUACUUGAACUUGGCUGGAAGGAUGAGGAAUUGAUGUUCUUUUGA